AACAGGAUUAGCUGCGCUGCGCCUAUAUAGAGAGAAGAUAAACAUCACGCCGCUGUUUGACAAAACCUUUUAAAACCGUAAUUUUAUUUGAAAUCCUCAAGCGAUGUCUUACGAAAGCUGCAGUCUGCUUUCUCCUCGAGUUCAUUCAAUGAAUCUGAGAGUUCCAAAUGAUUUACAUCAGGAUUAUUCAGAAAACGAAGCCGAGAAAGACCAAGGUGACCACCUUCUUUCAACGGACAAGAGACAACAUUUUGCUGCUGAGCCGCUGGAAGUGGUGAAUAUGGGGUUGCAGCAUUUGAGGACAGCCAGAGGGACGGCGACCCGGCGGCUGAGGACUGUGAAGAAAGCAUGGGGCACGUUCAAAGCGAAAGCGAAGAAACACACCGCUGCGCCACAGCCUAAACUGAGACCCCAGCAACUCUGGAGUAUUUCCCUCUCCAGUCCUAAUUCUCCAAGUGCCCGUGCCCUCAUACUCAACUCGCCCCUCACCCCAAACCCCUACGCCACGCCCGGCAACAGCAACCGGUACCGACAGGAAUCCAGCUUGACGACGCCCGUCACCCCUUUCAGCCCCCUGAGGAGAUCAGCCCGUAUUGCCGGCCAGACUCCAACUCCGUGCAGAGACGGCAAGACGAGGACUAGGACCGGUGGCAGGAGAACAACACCAAAGAGGAUCCAGCUCAACGCCAGCCCCGGACACAUCCUGCGUGAACUCAAUGCUAUGACCUUACAGACAGGUCAAAGGCCAAAGUCAUCCAGGUCAUCAGGAGUCGAUGCAUUCAAGGCCAUGAGCGAAGGAUUAUCUCAAACAAUUACAAAGCAAGACAGUUCUGGUAAAUUAACAGAGAUCCCCAUUCAGAAGCCAGCAGCUACCAAAGAUAAAUCGACCGAUGCGAUGGAAUCAAAAGAGAACGAGCCGGAACCUAGCCGUAUCGUCAGGCUACGACGCAACAGAGGGGUAGUGAUAUCCCAGAAUGCAACAGACGGACAGAUGCUCACCGAAAUGCUUGUUUAGAGGUCAAACAAGGAAGAUCGAGGGUUAAAUGAUAAGAUCACAAUGUGUUCGGUUCAGAAGGUUCAGUUUCAAUGUAUCUCUCCAUGCGGUUUCUCCCAGUGGCCAUAUUUCUUGUUCACGACAUUUGAUCACCUGUAUACUGCAGACAAAGCAAAGCAAGUUUGCAGAUAGCAAUUGUAUUCACAUAAUAUGGAUGGGCGAUUAAAAUAUUAACCCCUUGUAAGUGAGAGCAAAAUACACCCUAUCGUCACAAUCAUACACGUAGAUAUGAGAACCUUUGAAACUUUGUGCAUUUGGAUGUACAUGUAUGUUAUGAAAUAUAUAUUGCUUUGCUCGAGGAAGCAAUAUUGGUGUGUAGAACAAAGUACAAAGUGUAGACAAAAUUACAUUUUUGCUCAUGAGAUUUCCUGGGGUGAUUUUUGCAAUUUCUAUUGCUUUUCUACUCAAGAUCUUCAGAAUCUUUCAAGAGUUAAAUCGCUCUCUGCUUCCAUGUAUUUUUCACCGAUUCCACUAAAAGUAAACCAUUUUCAUGCACCUUCUUUUAUAACUUUUUUGUUGUUGUUACAACUUUAGAUUUUGCCCAUGGCUUGCCCAUUCUGUUUCCAGAGAAUAGAGGGGGGAAAAUGUACAAAGAAAAAAAGAUUUGCAUUGGUAUGACAGGGCAUUAUAAACAAAUCUCUCUCUUUCCUAUGGAUUUAUGGCCAAUACAAAAACAUACAAAUUGAAUUUGUAGACACAAAAUUAUUCCUAAUUUACUAUAAGUGAUAUUCAAUAUUUUUUUCCUCCAGAAUAUAAAGAUUUCAUGGUGAUUCAUCUGUUAAGUAAACAGAGAUACCAUUUUUCACCAUUCCCUCAAAUAAUUCUUUCAAUUAGCAACUUCAUACUGCCAGUUUGAAAUGGUUUUAAGUAUUACAAAACAAAAAAAAAUCCUGUGUGUUAUCAGGGUAGCGUAAGUAGCUUCAUACUUGCUUAAACCAUUUUCUUGCUAUGAUACAUGAAACAAAUUGAAAUAUAUUAGUUUAUUUCACCUUUUUAAUGUAUCUUUGUAGAUGCUACAACCAUUCGACCUUGAAGAAAAUUUUGUACACUAUGCAUCAUCUCUUCUCUACACUUUUAUAUUCUUUGUGCACAAUUUAUUUUAAAUUAUUUACUUGUUUGACCUAUUGCAGUCCAUGAUAAACCAGUUUUCCUGUGUUUUACAUGAAACAAAUAGAAAUAUAUUUGUUUAUUUCACCCUAUUAGAUAAUAUAUAUUUUGUAGAUGCUACAACUUUUUGACCUUGAGGUAAACUGUGCAUGGUCUCUUCUCUACACCUUUACAUUCUUUGUGCAAAAUUUAUUUAAAAUUAUUUACUUAUUUGACCUAUUGCAUUUCUUUGGCAAGACCAAGCUAUUUUGUCCCAUAUAUCACUGACCACAUCUAAGAUUUUAGUCUGAUAAUCGUAUGUGAAGUAGAAUGACACAUUUGGUGUUAAUUUGUGUUCAAAACUUCACAAUAUUUUAUUAUAUAAUAUGGGACACCAGAUGACUAAAUAAAUUAGACUUGCCCUAAAUGUAUGUUAUUAGCUCUUUUCUAAAUAUAAUUUUUUUUUUCCCUUCUUUUUAAAAAGUUUGUAUGACUCAAAUUUAUUUGUAUUUUCCUGUUUCUUGUUCAUCUUUGUUAGACAAUAUUCCUUGUGAAUGACUUUUUUGUUUUUAUAUUGAUGACAAUUAUGUGACUAUGCUUAUGCCUUGCAAUAUAUAUAUCAUUUUACUUCACUGCAAAGGUAAAAACUAAUUAAUCAUAAUAUUUACUCUUUCUUGUAUAUUUGAUUAACCAUGGUAUAGAAAAUGUAACUAAUGUAUUCAUCAUUUAUCAAUAGUACUUAUAAUUCAUUAGGUCUUGUAUUGUGCAACAUAUACUUGGUGUGCUUAUUAAUGUUUAAUCCAAUUAUUAACCUUUUUAAUGAUCAAGUUGAAUGUUUGAUUUCACCAUUUAUUACUGAUGUAAUCAAUGAAAUGUAUGUAUUGUAUUAUUUUAUCAUACUAGGCUGCAUAAUGUAUUCAUGGUUUGUAUGUUGUUGAAUCUUUGUUCUUAUCAUGUAACUUAAAUACAUUUCAAAAUGUAUCGGUACUAUCAUUAUAUGAACUAGUGUUAUGGAUGAUUUGUGAAUGCCAGUCAAAUUUAUAAGUUAAUGAUUUUUUUUGUUUUUGCCAGUAGUGUGUACAACUGUACACAUGUAUCUUUGGGUAAUUAAAAGCAAUUAGUACUUGGCCAUGAAGUUGUUGAAGAAAAAAAAGUAAAGAAAUUUUGAUUUUUAAAGUUUUUAAUGUGAUUUCAUUGAUGCUGUUGGCAAUGCUGUGAAGGACAAGGCCCAUUCUAAACUUAACAACAAAACAAGUUUACUGAUAUUGGAUUCAUAUUUUAUUUUUUGUUUAUUAUGUAAAUAUUUGUAUUGGAGGUUUUUAACUUUUUAACCUUUUUUGGAUACAGGGGGUAUGAAGUGCAUUAUUUUAUUUAUUUGUAUUGUAGGAUUUAAAAAGAAAAGUGAAUGUUGACUUUAAAACCGUUUUUUUAAAUGAAACAAAGAAAGAAAGAAACGUUUGAAAUGUAUAAAUAGCGUAUCAACAAAUACUGUAAAGAUUUUUGAACUGCUGCUGUUAUGUAGCGUUUUUUUUUUUUUUUUUUUUUAAAUGUAGGAUUUAAAUUGGAAAUUGAAUGUUGACUUUGAAACUUGUUAUAAAUGAUAUAAAAAAAUGUUUGAAGUGUAUAAAUAGCUUAUCAACAAAUACUGUAAAAGAUUUUUGAACUGCUGCUGUUAUGUAGCGUUUUUUGAAUAUUUUAUGAUGAAAAUUAUAGGUUUUACAGAUAACUUUAAAUGAUUUAAUGCAAGUCACUGCUUUCAUGCCUUUACAUACUCAACUAAGUAUAAAACCAUAAUGAUUGUACUAUUGUACUGCUAAAUGUAUUUUUGUUAAUGUUUCAUUUGGGUAAAGUGCUAAUUGUAGCUAGAUUUGAACAAUACCUUGGUUUUUGUAUGCAAAUUAUGUUAUUCAACAAGCGUAUGCUAUGCAGUUUGCAAUCUUUAUAGAGUUAGAUUUUGAUGCUAUGAACAUGUAUUAAAUCACAUGUUUUACACCUUGUAUUAAAACAGAGAAGUAGAGAAAAAAAAAACAUUUAACUCUUUCGCUAAUCUAUAUCCUGAAAUAUAUUCAUGAACCUUCGGAAAAACAAGUGCCUCCUGUUAAAAGUACAAUGUAACAAUGACUUCUUUUGGUGGUCUCACGUCUUUUCAAAUGUAUUUUAUGGGGUUCCUCUUAUCCAUCCUGAUAUUCAGUUGAUUUUAAUAGAAGCAGGAAAAACAAUUGAGCAACAGAUCAGUGAUUGUUUCAGCAAAAUAUGAUAUUUUUUUAAAGGAAAUUGUGAAUUCAAUACACAAACUGGAAACUCUUGAAUGUAUCUUGCUAGUUCUUCCUCUCCAAUUUUGCCCUAAUGAAAUCGUAGUUAUCCUCUAGAGAUGAUCAUUGCACUUGUUUAUACACGACUCCUGUAUGAAGAAAAAAAUAUAUCCUUCAUCAACAAAUAAGAAAAUGGAGACUUCAGAAAUUUUCUGUACAGACCAAUAGGAGAGAAUCAUUGAAAGAUAUAGCACAGAGUUGCCACUAUGUGUUUAAUUGAUUACAACUUCACAAAUGUAAUGACUUUCUUCUCUUUAUUGGAUUUUGCUAAAACUUUCAAACUCUCAUUUUCUGCUAUUAUUAAAACCAAAUAAAUAUCAGGGUGGACUUCCCUGUAAAUUCCAUCGGCCAUAGAAUGUUCCACUGUACUACUGCAUUCUACAUCCAUAUCUUGGCUCGAAAAUACAUACAACUGUAUUAAGAUAUCCUUUAAAGUUGGGUUUGUAGUUUUCUUGUAACUGCUGCUUUUAGUGUCAACUGCUCUAUAAUUUGAUCAUGUAUAAAUGGCAUAUUGCCUUUCAUUGUAUUUCUUUAACAAUUUCUUCUCGAAGUAUGUACUUGCCAUGUUGCUUUUAGGUAUCCCAAGUAAUUAAACUGCUUGUUUAUACUUUAUACUUAAAA